AUGGAUCUACUCAAAUGCAUCGCUAUGGCGAUAUUCCUGGGACAUGCUGCAGCUUCUCCGGUUUCUGUAACGGCUAUCGUUACAGUCAUCGAGACAUUCUCAAAAAUACCCGCCUCCGCCAGCCCAUCCGCGAUACCGAGCAAUUCGCCAGUCAACAUGCUGCUGCCCGCUGUGACUCCAGUCAAUCAUGCCAUCAUUACUAACCCGAACACACGGACAUAUCCAUCCACCGAAACUACGAAUCCGGUGACCUGCGAGCUUCUACCAUGUACUACUACAGCCUUCUGGCACUACAGUCCGAUCAACAGGGAGGGAUGUCGUUCGUUGACGAACAUGCUGUACUGCGACUACUUCAGCACUGUUUCGACUACUUGUCUCGAUCAAAACCACUUACCAGACUGCUUAUACUCUUCCACGAUCUUCCCAUUUGUGUCAGAGACAACGAAAUACGGCUGGCUCCGGAACACGGUUGAGCCUGUGUACGCAACAACAUCGACAUGCGUAUCGCUAGAUCCCCAACGAGCCGCCUUCCCGCAAGGCGAGCUUUCCUGCCACUCUUACUGCAAAUACAGUUCAUCAGAGGUCCGCUGCUGGCCAGGCGACGGCCAUUGUCAGACUAGCACCUCAACGACAACAACAUGCGUGGAAAGCCUGCCCUCAUGCCUCUGGUACAACCAACAUUGGUCGGGAGAUGAGUUAGACCCAACGAGUGUUUGCGUGCCACCAAAGACACCGACAUCUGGAGGCUGCUCCUGGCUCACUUACCAAUCACCUUACUAUUGGAAAACAGAGACGUGGCCAGUCACAUCGACCUGUCUCUAUGCUGAUGCGAUUCCAUCGUGUAUCUAUACCUAUGGUGACAAGUGUGUUCCUCUGCAGGAAGCUUCGACCAAAGGUCCACCUUCUUCCAAAUCAGGACCAACUAGUACAGUUGAGGUGAUCCCUACUGAGACCAAGAGCAGCGUUACUCUCAGUGCGGCGCCAGCGGGGCGAGGAGAAGGGGGCUGUACUUGGAGAAUACCGGAAGCACACAUCGAUCAUCGCGAGUGUUGGAUCAAGGACACCGAGGUGGAUGAGUGGAUGCCUGCCACACGAAGCUCGAACGGAUGUUCGUGGUUCACUUCAUUCGCGACCAAGACAAGCGCUGGCAAGACGACCAUCUCUCUCACUUCAACCUGCAAACCGACGCCCACGGUAACCUGGUCUUUGACCACCGUGCUCACAGAGACGAUGGUGACUUUCGGAUCAACAUCGUCGACUAUGACUAAAAAGACGAUGACACGUCCGGUAACGUCUGGAAAGCCUUCAGCUACUGCGAGUGCGAGACGCGGAGAUUCUCAAAUCCACAUCGAUCUGGAUAGCAGCAUCCUCGACCAAGGUUUGAAAGAUGCAAACAAUCUAUGUGCUCAUCGCGAGCCCAUUGACGGCCGAAGAUUGAACUGUGACCUGAUGCCUCAGUGGGCGAGGGUGGAGUUCGAGCAGCUGAUAGAAGAGCAUCUCACCAACCGCAUCAACGACAACGCCCUGGAGUUCACGCGAAAUGGCUACAUGGAUCAGUGGAUAUUUGACAACGCCACGCUGAGGAACAAAUUCAUCACAUACGGAGCAGGGCGCCAAAUGAUCUACAACAUCACACACGCUCUUGCUUUGGAAGAGAAUUUCAUUAUCGAGCCUGAUGUCAUGAUUGAGAUCAACCUGGAGAUGAGGGAAGACUAUCCUCAGGCGGUUGACGACGACGAAGAAGAUACUCAGGAGGAAGCACCUCGCUACAAGCUCGUCUGCGCCCUCAGCCAAGGCACACCGAUGCCCAGCGAGGACGUCACCGCCAUGACCAGCUACCUGGCGUCAUACUUCGACAAUAUGUUCCCAACUCCAACAACCAAGCCAACGUGCAUUCCAGUGGAAGCCGGAGGCAUUGGUCAAUAUGUAUGUCAGUGCUCGCUAGCUUCUCAGACCGGCGAGUUUCCAACAACGAGGAAGACCGUCACAGCGACCGUCAGCGGAAAGACAACUCAGAAGAUCGACGUCUGUGAUUACAGCAGUUGGCCGAAGACGACUGCUCCCCCUAAGACCUCAGAUCCGCCGUACCCCGUACCGUCCGAUCAGAAAGUGUCCACCGACGCCAUGACCUGCAACGACCCUAAGUCUGCCGGUUACUACGGCGUGCAAACCGUCGCGGACAUGGCCCAGGCUCUGUACCGCCAAGCCUUUUCGUCCGGACUGUACGCAAAGCCCACGGGUUCUAGCGUGAAGUAUUCGGACAACUGGAAUGGCUUCAAGGUCCUGAAAACAGAAGUACGGCCCUACGUUGAACCGCCACAAGCCGCAGGAGGCGCCCAGAUGCAGAACAGAUGGCUUGUUCUCUCGAUCCAGUACCUCAAGACGGCCUGUGGGAAGGGGGAAGAGGACAAGCUCGUGGGGUUCCGGAAUCCGAGUGAACUCAACAUUGAGGACUUCUACGACGCUUUUGUUAUGCGGUCGAACCCUUGCAACAAGAACCCAGACGACGAAGUUGGACUGGAGCAGUGGACGCCUGGCGGUACGAUCAAUUGGAAGUGUCUGCAGUGGAAACUACACAGUCUGGACACCCCGCCGUCGUAUAAAACCGACAAACACAUGCAACAUUGGCUCAAUCGGACUGGAUCAUGGAACGAGACGACGUCAGGCAGAUCUUGGAAUGAGACGUCCAAGGAGCGUUGGGGUGAGACGGGCUUUGAGCCUCGCUGGACUGCGAGUGCUAUCGGAGUUGGAUAUAAAGUCUGA